CUUCCACGAUGCUUGGGCUGCUAAACGAUUGGAGGCUGGAUGGCAGUUUGGGUCUCAGUAUGAUGAAGACAAGAAAUUACACCCUUGUCUGAAACCAUUCAACCUUCUUGGUAAAAAGGAUACAGACCGCUAUACAUCGCCAGUCUAUGAGUCGGUGAAGACUAUGAUUGCCUGGGGUUGGACUCUGGACCAGGACAGGUCUCGUGCUAAUAAAGAUGUACAGAAACGUAAGCGUGCAAACACGAUUUCCAAGGAUACAGUUGAGGGAUAUAAUCCCAAACCUACAGACCUGAGGAACAUGACUCUCACAAGGGAGAUGCAGAACAUGAGUGAGAGACUAGCAGAGAACACUCACGACAACUGGGCCAAGAAGAAGAAGAUUGAACUCGAG